UCCUCAUCGACUGCAUCAUCCUCGCCAGCAUCCAUUCUUCCUUUCCUUCCUUCCUGCAAGAAUACAGUCAGCCGCCACUCAAUCACCUUUCGGCUUACCCCCGAGCCACGCAAAUUCGCACCCGCCCCCCACACCAGCGUGACGCCUGACGUCUUUUACCGCCUCUCUUGCCGCCCAACAACGCGGUUCGAUCCAAGAUGCAGCAACCCGCAAAUGAUGUGCAGGACAUUAUUCUAGACGAAAGUCCGGCUCCAAUGGAAGUCGAUGACAUCCCAAAUGUUCAUGACUAUGAAGCGUAUGCCGCCAAGUGCAUGCCAGAUCUAGGCUUAGAAAUUGAAGAUUUCCAGUACCAAACAUGGCGAAUUGAGCACUGGAGUCAACAGCCGAAAAGAAUAGUUGGACCAGAGUUCAGUUGUGGUGGGCACAAGUGGCGCAUUUUGUUGUUUCCGCAAGGAAACGCGAACGGACAGCCCAACGACAUGGUCUCCGUCUACUUGGAUUACGCGAACCCAAAGACAGCUCCUGAAGGAUGGCAUGCGUGUGCACAAUUCUGCCUGGCCAUUUCGAAUCCAUGGGAUCCCACGAUUCAAACAUCUAGCCACGCGCAUCAUCGAUUUGUUGCUGAAGAAUGUGAUUGGGGAUUCACUCGAUUUGUCGACUUGCGAAAGUUGUACACAGCGGAUCCUGCCAACGGAAAGAAUAGACCGACGAUUGAGAAUGAUGAAGUGGAGAUUACAGCUUUCGUGCGAGUGUUGAAGGAUCCCACGGGCGUUUUGUGGCACAAUUUUGUCAAUUACGAUUCCAAGAAGGAGACUGGUCAUGUUGGUUUGAAGAACCAAGGCGCUACGUGUUACAUGAACUCUCUCUUGCAAUCUCUUUUCUGUACCAAUUAUUUCCGAAAAGCUGUCUACCAAAUACCCACCGAAGACGACAUUCCAUCCGAAAGUUUGGCUUUGGCUCUUCAACGCGUAUUUUAUCACCUUCAGACGUCCAACCAACCCGUAGGAACCACCGAGCUCACAAAAUCUUUUGGAUGGAAAUCCCUCGAUUCUUUCAUGCAACACGACGUCCAAGAGUUCAGCCGUAUCCUUCAAGACAAGUUGGAAAUCAAGAUGAAGGGAACUCCUGCCGAAGGCGCCAUUCCGAAGCUGUUCAAGGGUCAGAUGAAGAACUACAUCAAGUGCAUCGACGUUGAUUUUGAGUCGUCAGUGAUUGAAGACUUCUAUGAUAUCCAGCUUACCAUCAAGGGACUGAAGGAUUUACGAGCUUCCUUCAAGGAAUAUGUGUCUGUUGAGACACUCGAUGGCGAGAACAAGUAUCAAGCGGAGGGACACGGUUUGCAGGCUGCGAGAAAGGGCGUCAUUUUCAAAUCAUUCCCUCCAGUUCUUCAUCUUCAGCUGCGCCGUUUUGAAUAUGACGUAGAGAAGGAUGCUUUGGUCAAGAUUAAUGACCGUCACGAGUUCCCCUUCGAGAUUGAUUUAGGAGAAUUUCUCGAUGAGUCGGCCGACCGGGCCCAGUCCCAUGUCUAUAAGCUCCACGGUGUCCUCGUGCACUCUGGUGAUCUUCACGGCGGCCACUAUUUCGCUCUCAUCAAACCUGAAAAGGAUGGUCGCUGGUACAAAUUUGAUGAUGACAGAGUUACGCCCGUCACAGACAAGGAGGUCUUGGAAGACAAUUAUGGCGGAGACAUGUUGAACGGUCUUGUCCCUCCUCAUCAGAGAACUCAGGCUAGAACUCUCAAAAAGUUCACCAACGCCUACAUGUUGGUUUAUAUAAGGGAAACAGAGCUUGACACAGUGUUGGCUCCCUUUACAGAGAGUGACACACCUCCUCAUUUGAAGGCUCGCUUGGAUCACGAGAGGGAGCAGCUCGAGGCUAAGAAGAGGGAGAAGGAUGAACAGCACCUGUACUUGACAGCCAAAGUCAUCACCGACGAAAUCUUCUCCCAACACCAAGGUUUCGAUCUUGCCUCCUUUGAGGACAAGAAUAUCCCAGCCACCGACCUGCCUACUUUCCGGGUAUUGAAGAAUGAGAGCUAUCCGACUUUCAAGAGCAGGAUUGCUUCCCACUUUAAGAUUCCAGAGCGCGACUUCCGUUUGUGGGUACUUGUAAAUAGACAAAACAAGACAACGCGACCCGAUGUCCCUAUCCACGAGAAUGACAACACCCAAACAAUGGAAAAUAUCCGUAAUUCAAUGGCUGCUCGAGCUUCUGAUCUCAAAUUAUACCUCGACUACAAUCCUGACCAUGCCAGAUUUAACGAGCUGCAUGCUGAGGGCAAGGAGCCACCCAUCAUGAUCUUCCUCAAGUGGUUCGACUGUUCUCGUCAGACGCUGUUAGGCCAAGGGAAGGUGUUUGUCGACAAGUACCAAAAAGUUUCAGACUUGUUGGGUAUCAUACAGGAAAGGAUGGGUUGGCCAUCUUCAACGCCUAUCAAGCUCUACGAGGAAAUCAAGGCAGGUAUGAUUGAGGGAAUGAAGUUGAAGCAAUCCUUCAUUCA